AUGCCUAGCGUUACCUCUGCCUCCCUCCUCGACGCCAGCAACAUCGAUCUGCUGCGUCAGAAGCUGGCUGAGGAUGUCCGCGUGGAGAAAUACACCCCCCUCGCCCCCCCGGAACUAAUCCAAUACGACAUCGGUCUGUCGGCACAAUCCCUCCUCACGGUGCUGAACAGCCGCAUCGAAGCGCGGCAAAUCAUCCGCCAGGAAUCCGACCGACUGCUCGUCCUAGUCGGGCCCUGCAGCAUCCACGACCCCGAGAACGCGCUGGAAUACGCGACGCGGCUGCAAGAGCUGGCAGACAAUCUCCGCGACGACCUGUGCAUCGUGAUGCGCGCGUACCUGGAGAAGCCGCGCACGACGGUGGGCUGGAAAGGGCUGAUCAACGACCCCGAUGUGGAUGACUCGUACAACAUCAACAAGGGCGUCAAGGUCGCCCGCAAGCUGCUCUGCGAUAUCACCGGCCGCGGGGUCCCCGUCGCCUGCGAGAUGCUGGAUACCAUCUCGCCGCAGUACACGGCGGAUCUGAUCACCGUGGGGGCAAUCGGGGCGCGGACGACCGAGUCGCAGCUUCAUCGCGAGCUGGCGUCCGGGUUGUCCUUCCCGGUGGGUUUCAAGAAUGCCACUGAUGGCUCGGUCGGCACGGCUGUCGACUCGCUGAAGUCGAUGCGCGGGCGUCACCAUUUUAUGGGCACGACCAAGCAGGGCCUCAUUGCGAUUACCACCACCAAGGGGAACGAGGACGGGUAUGUCAUCCUGAGAGGUGGUAGCCGUGGGACCAACUAUGACGCCGAGAGUGUCAGGGCUACCAAGGAGCUGCUGCAUGCGAAGGGCGAGAGAGAGGUGAUGAUGAUCGACUGUUCGCAUGGCAACUCCCAGAAAGACCACCGCAACCAGCCCAAGGUGCUCAAUGUGAUCGAGAACCAGCUGCGUCAGUGUGAGGACGGCAUCAUCGGGGUCAUGGUCGAGUCAAACAUCCGCGAGGGCAACCAGAAGCCGUCCAAGCGGCUGGAGGGGUGCGAGAAGGGCGUCAGCAUCACCGAUGCCUGCAUCGACUGGGAGACCACCGAGGCGUCGCUGACUUCGCUGGCGGAGGCCGUGCGCGUCCGUCGGGCUCUUGCGGCGAAGAACUGA